CCCAGUUGCCUAGGCGACGAAGGGCCGCUUCGCUGGGGCGAGAUCAUGGCGACGUCGGUGGGGACAAUUCCCGGGGGGAUGGCCACCCCGGCGAUGACCCCAGCGGCAUCCUCGCCCGAGUCGGAGAGAGAUGCUGAAUUCCAGGAACAUGAAAAGAUUCUGUCUCCAGAGUUUCUUUCAGUUGCCCAAAUCAUUGAAAUGCUAAGAGAGGACAUAGAUGGAGUUCAAAAAAAACUGGCAACGUUUUUGAAUUUCAAAAAACUUAAAACCUGCUUAAAAGAAGCCAUUCUCCUAGAUUAUUAUACAUCUGGAUUUUUGUGGGCUAGAGAAAUGGAUUUUUCUAUUAUUCAAUAUUCAAAAUUUAUGACUUUACUAGAUAUGUUACUUCAUAACCUUAGAACACUGCAUAUGUCCUUAGAAGAUAGCUUAAAAUGGCUUGGAGAAGUUAUGGCUGAAAUAGGACCAUCCCAAUUACAAAAAAAUGAAAAAUGGAAUGUCUUUGAUAUAAAACAAGCCAAAGCUAUCAUUGAUUACUUAAAAAUCAGCUUAUUUCAACACUACAAGCUAUAUGAGUUUCUGUUCUACUCUACCAGAGAAGAAAUUGUGAUAGGAACUGAGCAAACGAUAGAGGUCGUCAAGCCUUCAGGUUGCCUUUUCCCCAACCCUCUAGAAGAAGGAAUCUCAUUUGAUAUUUAUUCAACAUUCAUAGAGCCACCUGCAACAUUGGAUACAGAGAUGAAGGGAUCGGAUCACGAACAAGGCCCUGAGGAGUCCCAGCCAGAAACCAGCACUUCAGACACAGAUCCUUUAGCUGGUUUCACCAUUGAAGAUGUAAAAUCAGUGCUGGGUCAAGUCACAGAUGACAUUUUAAUUGGCAUUCAGAACGAGAUAAACGAAAAGCUGCAAAUACAGGAAGAGGCCUUUAAUGCACGAAUAGAAAAAUUGAAAAAGGCCUGAGGACUCGGUACAAAGAGAGUGAUGCUAAACUUCACAGAAACAAACAAAACCAGCCAGAAUAAUAGACUCUCUAGAGCAUCAUGUCUCGUUCAUUUAGUUGGGAAAGGAAAACCAAACCCCACAUUUUAUUAUCCUAAGUAAUUAGAAAAGUAUUGGCCCCAAUUUUGCUAUCUCCUGUCCUAUAAUAGACUCUGAAUUUAUUGCACCGAGUGCAAUAAGAACAUUUUGUAUACAAGAGUUUGGAGAAUUAUAUAUAAAAAUACAAUUACUUUUACAAUACUCUUUUGACAUUUUGACUAAUAAAUGUUCCUCAUCUUCAAGGAGAAUGAAGCCAACUCUUUUAAAUAAAGAAAAAUAGUAACUUUAUCCAUAUUGACCCAAAUGAACUGCCACAUUAAUGGAGCACUGUGAACAGAUACCACUGCCACAGUGCUGAGGGUAAACUUGCUAAACUAUAGCUAUUCAAAUGCAUAGAGUAUGUUUUUUUUUUUCCCCUUAAAUUAUUUGGUUUUCUUAUUUAAAUGUUUCGGUGUGAAACCAAUUUUCUGAAAUUAUAUGAUGCAGUUUGAAGCACUUUAA